AUGCCGGGCAACGACAAGAGGGCGGAGCCGCCGCUGCAGAAGUUCCGGCUCCCCGCGGGGCAGCAGCUUUCAAAUCUCCUCAGGCCGGACGUGCUUGACGACGAGGUGCGGCAGCGAAUUGUCCGCGACGUCAUGGGGGCCGUGGCGACGACGACGCGCGAUGAUCGUCCGUCGUCGGGGACGCCGGCGUCGCUGAAGCGCCACAGCCGCGAGGGGAACUACCCCGCGUCCCUUCGCGACCGGGUUUCGGGCGGCGGCGGUGACCUUUUAGGUGCGAUGGCACAGCGACUGAAGACCCUGGAGGCGCAGCAAAAAGCAUACCGUAUGGAGCUGAAGGAAAAAACGGAGAAACUUGCCUGCGCAGAGGCGAACUACAAGGAGGAAAAGGCCAAGCGAGAGGAGGCGGAGGCGAUGGUCGUGGAGCUCUACGACGAGAAGCAGGAGUUGGAGCGGCUUGUGGGGGACAUGCAGAAGUUUCUGGCCGAUUAUGGAUUAAAGUGGGUGGGAGACAGGGCGGAAGAGAGGAGCAAAAACCGGGGUGCCAAUUCACGAGGGUACGAGCGUGUCGCAUUUGCCAAAGGAGGAAGCUCGCCCUCGUCGGAGCCCGCCACGUCGCAGUCCUUUGAACUCUAUGCGGGGGACUAUAGCAACCAGACACCGGUGCUUUCUCCUAGUCCGACGCCGCGCGCGAGCGGCACAGAUGACGCACCCACACAGAAGCCUCUCCCAGUAGGUAGAAGGACCCCUAGCAAGACUAACACUGCCGCCUCAUUGCCUGUUUCCAUAGAGGUGCUUCAGAGAAAUGCAAAGAUUCUUUCAGAUCAUGUGGGUUGUAGGGGCGUUGUGACAAAUGGCAGGCAGGGUGGGAUAAAGGAGUUUGAGGUGGUGCGUAUCGUCGUGUAUGAGGACGGCAUUUGCGUUAACGGUGGCCCGUUUAGACCAUUUGGCUGGCCGUUGUGUGAUGCCGUGGUGAACGACCUCGCCGAAGGAUUCUACCCGUAUGAGUUCAAGCAACGAUUUCCUGACGGGUUUCCUAUUGAAGUUAUUGACCAAACAUCCGUUCGCUGCAGCAAGGGCAAGGAUGCAAAGAAAGAUGACGCUAAUGUCAAGGACCUUCGGGAUCUGCAGGACGGCGGCGGCUAUCAGCCUGUGUCGCGAGAGGAGUUCCUUAAGCGACUGCCGGCCACACGCAUCACGACGAACGGCCGAAUUGUCCCUGUACGAGAAGCGAUUGCGAACAUUAUUGGUCGUCCGUCCAAAGCGGAAACCGUGCGACACGUCUCCGAGGCUGAGCGGCGAGUGACAGGAGGGGGAAGCGCGACUGAAGCCGAGAGUGGUGAUGCGGCUGUGUCACCCCACCGCAUCCGGGGGCUUGUCGCGGUGCUAGUGCGCUUUCCAUCUGGCGUAAAGGUUACAUUGCAACUGUCACCAGAAAGCACCAUUGCAGACCUUCGGCACGAGCUCAAGUCAGCGGUGCCGAGCUUCACUGCAGCGUAUGAUGUGCGUUUGUCUUUUCCUGCCGUAACUUACACGGACGACGCAAAGACGCUGCGAGAGUUAGGUCUUCUGACCAGCUGUACACUUAUGAUUCAGCCUCGAACGCACGCUUAG